AUGUCUUCAUUCAAUCCUUUAGCAACUAUUUUGAGCCAAAAACCUAUGGAUGCGCAGCCUGCUGAAGAUGCGCCUGAGGCAACAAAGGCCCAAUUUCAGCAGGAGAAGGAGAAAUGGGAGAAGGCAAAUGUGGCAGUUCCCUGUUACAUUUUAGCCAGUCUUGCCAAUCACCUUCAGGAGCAGGUAAGCAUAGUUGAGAGUGGAGCAGCUAUGCUCCAGACUCUUUAUGACGUGUUUGCUAUGUCUAGCAGCUCUGCUAGGCAGAUUGCGUUGAAUGCUGUCACUAAGACAGUAAUGUCUGGAGGAAGUGUGCAGGAUCAUUGUUUGUCAAUGAUUGCAAACUUCAAGAAGGUUGAGGAUCAUGGGGUUAGGUUUGAACAAGAAGUAAAAGUUGACCUUCUCUUACAAUCACUCCCUGAUUACUUCAAUCACUUCAAGAUGAACUAUAAUAUGAACAAGUUGAAUCUUGAUCUCACUCAGCUGAUGCACGAGCUUGAGAGUGCUGAGCAGUCUCUGGUCAAGUAG